UCAACCAGAUUUGUGGGACAGAUAAAGGGUUGGAUACAAUAGGAUACUGACUCACCAUAAAAGGUUGUAUAUGUAAGUGGGGGAAAGGUUGUGACGAGCCGUCAAAGUAAUCUGAAAGAACUUUAUAUUAAUUCAGAAACACACUGGGAGCAAGAGUAAAGAAGCAGAAUCAGGAGUAAUGUGGUCAUAGCUCUUGGUUUAAAGCUGGAAGCUGAGGUCCGGGGAAUAGACUUUUAGAUCUACUGCAAUAAUAAGGGGCGUGAAGAGGCAUGUGAGGGGUGUUUAAAAUGGAAACGUAAGAGAAAGAGAAAGUGUUUUCAGGUUCCCCGGUAGCUUUUCUCUUAGUCGCAGUGGAUCUUUACCCAGCGAGCACAAUGAAGUUAUACCUGUUCGUUCUGCUGUCCUUAAUCACCAUCGCAGUUCCAGUGGGGGAGUGUGACGAAGAAAAGGAGGUUGAUGAUCACAAACAAUCAAACGUGAUUUGCUCAGGACCAAUUACAGCAGCAGUACAUGAUGAUGUCAUUCUUCCGUGCUCCCUGGAUCCCACUUACAACAAAACGUCUCUAAGAGUGGAGUGGCAAUUUAAUGGAAGCAUGGUGCAGGUCUAUCGAAGUCGUGGAGACCAUGGAAGUUAUCAAGAUGAGCGCUUCAAAGACAGAACGUCUUUCUUCCAUGAAAUAAAGAACGGAAACCUUUCCCUAAAACUGAAAAAUGUAACAGAAAGCGAUUCAGGAAUUUACACCUGCCAUGUGCCAGGACACAAAAGUGGUGUGAUCAUGGCCUACGUUUGCCUCACUGUUAACAGGGGAAACACAGGAAACAACGACUCACAGCAGAGUGGCAAAAAAUCAGGCGGGAUUCUGAUCUCUGUCGUUGUCGUUGCCGUUGUCGUUGCCGUUGUCGUUGCCGUUGUCGUUGCCGUUGUCGUUGCCGUUGUCGUGUACAAAAAGCGCAGUAAGUCACUAAUUUCUCCUCUCUUCAUUUUCCCUGUUUAA